CGGUUUAAUGAAACUGAUUUUUUUAAACAGAACUCUACACAUGCGAAAAAGUUUUCAGCAUGAAGGACCUUCCUGUACAAAAUAUUACAUAUACAGACUUUAAACUGAAUGGUUUCUAUAGUUUAGGAGAAUGGAGGCCUUUUUUAUUCAUCCCUUUCUUUCUGAUGUUUGUAUUGUCUACAUCAGCAAAUUCUAUUCUCAUAUAUUUAAUCAUAUCUCAGAAGUCUCUGCAUUCACCUAUGUAUGUACUUAUAGGUUUUAUGUGUCUUUCAAACUUAAUAAUGCCCAUAUCGUUUGUACCCAGCAUGCUUCUAAGUUUUUUAUUUAAUUGGAGUGGGAUAUCCUUAACUGGUUGUGUGAUACAAAUGUUUUGUAUUUAUUUUACUGGUUCAUUUAAUACUACUUUGCUAUUUUGGAUGUCUGUAGACCGUUACUUUGCAAUAUGCAAACCUCUUUAUUAUCAUAAGUACAUGGAAAUAAGCAAUUUUAUUAAGUUUGUUAUUCCACCAGUAAUGAGAAAUGCACUACUGGUGAUUAUAAUGGUCUCUCUGGCUGGAAAACUGUCAUAUUGUACAAAUAUAAUCGAUCACUCUUUCUGUGAACACAUGCCAUUGGUUCAGUUGGCAUGUGGUGAUAUAUUCAUUAAUAAUUUUGUAGGUCUUUUGACUGCUUUUGCUAUACCAGUUACAGAUUUUAUUAGGGCUAUAUUUCUUAUUACUGUUUCUUAUAUUGUGAUUUUUACAUCUCUGUUCAAAUCUGGUAAGGCCCAUUCCAAGGCCAUUAACACCUGCAUAACUCACUUCUUUGUUAUGACAGUUAGUUUGAUAUGUGCUUUGAUUGCAUUUUUGAUUUACAGAAUAAGGAAUAACAUUUCUUCCAGCAGCCGUAUAUUCGUUGGCAUCUUGUACUUACUUGGUCCAAGCUGUUUAAACCCACUAAUAUAUGGAUGGAGAACAAAUGAAAUAAGACAAACAUUUCUUAAACUUUUAAAGUAUGUAAAAGUAUAUAAACAAUGAAAGUUAUACAACAACAAUCACAUGAUUGAUUUUAAUGUUCAAAGCUGCAAAAGCAAUAAUGCUGUAAUCUACACUUUAUUUUCAACUUUUCUUUUAACAGCAAAUAUGAAAAGCUUAAAAAUAUGUUUAUAUAAAAUUAUUAGAGGAAUUAUUAUUAAAUGUGAGCAUAUGCACCACUGUAUACUUU